UCUCUGAUUCAACCAUAUCGCUUCGGUAUUUCGUCUCGAUUGGUUUUUCACUGAGCAUUUAGUGUUGUUUGGUGAUGUUAGUUUAAUGUUCUACUAGCUACAAUUACAAGAAAAAAAUCGCGAUUAAAGUUAAACUGCAUUCUGGAAUCGUAUACUGAGUGAAAAUGAGUAAUAUAUUCGGUAUCGAAGACGAUCAAUAUGAUGAGGAAGAUGCUGAUGAAAUCUCAUCAAAACUUUGGCAGGAGGCCUGCUGGAUUCUCAUCAAUGCAUACUUCGAUGAAAAGGGUCUUGUGCGGCAGCAACUCGACAGUUUCGAUGAAUUCAUCGAAAUGUCCGUUCAACGUAUUGUAGAAGAUUCGCCACAGAUUGAACUACAGGCAGAGGCGCAGCAUACCACAGGUGAAAUAGAAAAACCUGUGAGACAUUUAUUGAAAUUUGAGCAAAUUUACUUGUCAAAGCCAACUCAUUGGGAGAAAGAUGGUGCGCCAUCUCCCAUGAUGCCCAAUGAAGCUAGAUUGAGAAAUUUAACAUACUCUGCACCAUUAUAUGUGGAUAUCACCAAGACGAUUGAAAAAGAUAACGAGGAUCCCGUUGAGACGCAGCAUCAAAAAACGUUUAUCGGCAAAAUUCCAAUCAUGUUGAGAUCUAAAUACUGCUUGCUCGCUGGUUUGUCUGAUCGUGAUCUGACUGAAUUGAACGAAUGUCCGCUGGAUCCUGGUGGAUAUUUCAUUAUCAAUGGCUCGGAAAAAGUUCUCAUAGCACAAGAAAAAAUGGCAACGAACACCGUUUAUGUAUUCAGUAUGAAAGAUGGUAAAUAUGCCUACAAAGCGGAGAUCAGAUCUUGUUUAGAGCACAGUUCACGACCUACCUCAACCUUGUGGAUCAACAUGAUGGCCAAGAGCGGUGCUAGUAUUAAAAAAUCGGCUAUAGGCCAACGUAUUAUCGCAAUUAUUCCUUACAUUAAGCAGGAGAUCCCUAUAAUGGUAGUCUUCCGUGCACUCGGAUUUGUCGCCGAUCGUGAUAUUCUUGAGCAUAUCAUCUACGACUUUGACGAUCCCGAAAUGAUGGAAAUGGUAAAACCGUCCUUAGACGAGGCUUUCGUUAUUCAGGAGCAGAAUGUCGCCUUGAAUUUUAUUGGUUCGAGAGGCGCUAAGCCAGGUGUAACUAAGGAGAAACGGAUAAAGUACGCCCGAGAGAUUUUACAAAAGGAAAUGCUACCGCACGUUGGCAUAAGCGAUUUUUGCGAAACCAAGAAGGCCUACUUCCUCGGCUACAUGGUCCACAGAUUACUAUCAGCAUCUUUAGGACGAAGAGAAUUGGAUGAUCGUGAUCAUUAUGGUAACAAGAGAUUGGAUUUAGCCGGGCCUUUACUGGCGUUCCUUUUCCGAGGUUUAUUUAAAAAUCUGAUGAAAGAGGUACGCCUGUAUGCGCAGAAAUUCAUAGAUCGUGGGAAGGACUUCAAUCUUGAGCUAGCCAUCAAGACGAAAAUUAUCACAGAUGGUUUAAGAUACUCGCUUGCCACGGGUAAUUGCGAUCAGAAAAAAGCACAUCAGGCGAGAGCAGGCGUGUCACAAGUAUUAAACAGAUUGACUUUCGCGUCGACAUUGUCGCACCUGAGACGAGUAAAUUCUCCUAUUGGAAGGGAUGGCAAACUUGCCAAGCCACGUCAGCUGCACAAUACACUAUGGGGUAUGCUCUGUCCCGCGGAGACUCCCGAGGGUGCUGCUGUAGGAUUGGUAAAAAAUCUAGCUUUGAUGGCGUACAUAAGCGUCGGCUCGCAGCCAUCUCCUAUUCUGGAAUUCUUGGAAGAAUGGUCCAUGGAAAAUCUUGAGGAGAUAGCACCGAGCGCAAUUGCUGAUGCUACGAAGAUAUUCGUAAAUGGAUGCUGGGUCGGCAUUCAUCGGGAUCCAGAUCAGUUGAUGGCCACUUUGCGAAAAUUGAGAAGGCAGAUGGACAUCAUCGUGUCAGAAGUAUCGAUGGUCCGUGAUAUCAGAGAUCGUGAGAUAAGAAUAUAUACGGAUGCCGGUAGGAUUAGUAGGCCUCUACUCAUAGUGGACGGGCAAAAUCUGUUGUUGAAGAAACGACACAUUAAUAUGCUGAAGGAUAGAGAUUAUAAUAAUGACGGAUGGCAAGAGUUGGUAGGUAGUGGAGUAGUAGAAUACAUAGACACGUUGGAGGAAGAAACAGUUAUGAUAGCUAUGUCACCUGAUGAUCUUAGACAAGAUAAAGAGUAUGCGUAUUGUACGACAUAUACGCACUGCGAGAUUCAUCCGGCGAUGAUUCUAGGCGUAUGUGCUUCUAUCAUACCAUUCCCUGAUCAUAAUCAGAGUCCUAGGAAUACUUAUCAGAGCGCUAUGGGCAAGCAAGCUAUGGGUGUAUACAUUACAAAUUUCCACGUGCGCAUGGACACUCUGGCUCAUGUGCUGUAUUAUCCUCACAAACCGUUGGUCACAACGAGAUCAAUGGAGUACCUUAGGUUCCGCGAGUUACCGGCCGGCAUUAAUAGCAUCGUUGCAAUCCUGUGUUAUACGGGAUACAAUCAAGAGGAUAGUGUUAUCUUGAACGCGAGCGCUGUUGAGAGAGGCUUCUUUAGAUCGGUAUUUAAUCGCUCCUAUAAAGAGUCUGAAUCGAAGAAGAUCGGUGAUCAGGAGGAACAGUUUGAGAAACCCUCGCGCUUAACAUGUCAGGGAAUGCGCAACGCUAUAUAUGACAAAUUGGACGACGACGGAAUUAUUGCACCCGGAAUUCGAGUAUCGGGCGACGAUGUAAUCAUAGGAAAGACGAUUACUCUUCCGGAAACGGACGACGAGCUGGAUAGUACGACGAAACGUUUUACAAAGCGCGACGCAUCGACUUUCUUGCGAAAUAGCGAAACUGGUAUAGUUGAUCAAGUGAUGCUGACGCUGAACAGCGAAGGAUAUAAAUUUUGCAAGAUCCGAGUGCGCAGUGUACGUAUCCCACAAAUAGGCGACAAAUUCGCAUCACGUCACGGACAAAAGGGAACAUGCGGAAUUCAGUAUAGGCAAGAAGAUAUGCCAUUUUCCUGCGAAGGUCUUACACCCGAUAUUAUCAUCAACCCCCACGCUAUCCCUUCUCGUAUGACUAUUGGUCACUUGAUUGAAUGCAUUCAAGGAAAAGUUUCCGCUAACAAAGGAGAAAUUGGUGAUGCUACUCCGUUUAAUGAUGCCGUGAACGUGCAAAAGAUUUCCACGCUUUUACAAGAAUACGGCUAUCAACUACGAGGAAACGAAGUGAUGUAUAACGGACAUACAGGUCGUAAGAUUAACGCGCAAGUCUUUUUGGGACCAACAUAUUAUCAACGUUUGAAGCACAUGGUGGACGAUAAGAUUCAUAGUAGAGCGAGAGGACCCGUACAAAUAUUAGUUAGACAACCCAUGGAGGGUCGAGCGAGGGAUGGCGGACUUCGUUUCGGAGAGAUGGAACGUGAUUGUCAAAUUUCUCAUGGAGCGGCACAGUUUCUACGAGAACGUCUGUUCGAAGUAUCAGAUCCGUAUCGAAUUCAUAUAUGUAAUUUCUGUGGUUUAAUUGCCAUAGCAAAUCUGCGGAAUAACACUUUCGAAUGCAAGGGAUGUAAAAACAAAACGCAAAUUUCGCAAAUUAGGUUGCCAUAUGCAGCAAAGUUACUUUUCCAAGAAUUAAUGGCGAUGAAUAUUGCACCUAGACUCAUGAUACAUUAAAUUCCUCAUAAUUUAUUCCGUGUAAAUAAAAUUUUGUCGAUUUAUCAUGUAUAUAAACAUUGUAUUGUUAUACAAUGAAACAUCAAACAGCCAAUAAAUAGCUUUUCAUAAA